UCUGAUGGUAUACAGUGUUGUAAACAUAUUCAUAAAUUAAUAAUUUGCUCUAUUUACGUGGCUUGAUACGCAUUCAGAUAAAGACCAUGCCAUCUAGUUUAGCUGGAUGCUUAGGUGAUAGGUAAAAUGAUUAUUAAUUGGCAUUUGUAUGAAGCUGCCAAUGUUAAGACAAAUUUUGUCAUAAGUAGUGUGUGUAUAGCUAGUAUACCACAGGCUUUAGAAUAUAUAUGUGUGUUGCUCUUCUCGUGUUGACUCACUGCCCUUAACAGAAUCCUCGGCAGACAAGGCCUUUCCGAAGGCUUUCUGCCCAGUUCGGGUGGUGCCAGCAAUGGGAAGAUGCUUUGGAUUAGGGAAGAAUGGGAUUAUAGAGGCAUUUAUUACAUUAGAGUGACCUCCAGGUGAUGGUUAAAAAGUUGACGAAGCAUGAAAAGAAAAUACCAUCAUCAUGUUUUAAUGUAGGAAUACAUAAAUCUACAUUUCCUUACCAAUCCUUUGAUAGAAAACCAAGGUCUGAUUGGAGUUCUAAGUGAUCCAUUUUGUGUAAUCUCAGAAUGCAUCGCCUAGGAUUUCCAUUUUUAGUUUCUUUUAAAGAGCUUUUAAAGAAUUUAAAAACAAUUUCAAAGCAUUGUGGAUACAGAAUUCUAGAUUUUUAAAAAUUAUUUCCCAUUUGUCCUGACUGUUGCCUCAGCUGCAUUAGUUUGACAGUAAAGUUUUUAGCAAUUUAACUUUUUGUCACUGUUCCUCCAAACAUUCAACUGAUUUUCCUAGAAACAAUUGCUCCUUUGUCACAGUCUUGUGUGAAAGGCAAUAAUAGUUCAGUUGCAUGGCUACGGCCAUAAGUACCACUACAUAAACGGGUUUCGGAACCAUCUUGGUAUGUAUACGAGGGGGUAGCCUGCUAAAUGCAAGAGUUCAGGAUGCCACGCCUUUCACCCAGAGCCCAGACAGCGCCCAUAGAUUAGGAAAGUUGACAUAGAGGGUACAGGCUACGUGACACUCUGCUGUUAAUGAGUCACACUGUUGAAAUUGGUGGCUGGUUACCUGGGACUGCUUGGCUUGGACUGUGGUUCCCGUGGCUCAGAGGAGAAUUGACGGGAGAUGAUGAAUUCAGUGUUUGUUCCUUAGUCUGGUACCUUGACCAGCUGCGUCCGGUAGGGCCAUUAUCAUGAUGUGAGUGAUGAGAAGAGCUUUUGUGACAUUUUCAGUGAAGAUGGAUUUUAGACAGUGACCUAAAAAACAACGAAAUGUAGUUUACUAAAGUAAUGUGGUGUCAUUUUUUUUCUAUUUUGCAGAGGAGAAUGGUAUAGCUCUUGAAACUUAGAGAUUUUACAAGUGUGGGGAACUUGAGAGUUUACAGUUUCUGCAGUAGCCUUUCCUUCCAUCCUGGAAGUAGGGGUAGACUUAAUCCUAUGAAAAAAACCUCCUCUGCCAGUGGUGAUGGACAUGGCUCGGGUUAUGUAUGAUUUUGCUGCUGAACCUGGAAAUAACGAACUGACGGUUAAUGAAGGAGAAAUCAUCACAAUUACAAAUCCGGAUGUUGGUGGAGGAUGGCUAGAAGGAAGAAACAGCAAAGGAGAACGAGGGCUUGUUCCCACAGACUAUGUCGAAAUUUUGCCCAAUGAUGGAAAAGACCCAUUUUCUUGUGGAAAUUCAGUGGCCGACCAAGCCUUCCUCGAUUCUCUCUCAGCGAGUGCCGCUCAGGCCAAUUCAUCAGCUGCCAACAGUAGUAACCAGGUGGAUAUUUUGGCUCAGAUUGGUUGUAUUGAAAGUCUCAGCCAGUCACCACCUUCUUCAUCUUCUCCUUCUCCUACCAUAAAUAAGGUCAGCAGUGGCAAUGACCCCUGGUCAGCCUGGAGUUCUUCCAAAUCUGGAAACUGGGACAGCACGGAUGGCUGGGGAGCCAAGCCAGAGGGGGCCGCGGCCCAAAGAAACACCUCCAAUAACUGGGACACUGCCUUUGGUCACCCCCAGGCCUACCAAGGACCAGCAACCGCGGGUGAUGACGAUGACUGGGACGAAGACUGGGACGACCCCAAGGCGGCCACCCCCUACUUCAAGGAUUCAGAGUCAGCAGAGGCAGGGGCUGCUCAGCGAGGCAACAGCCGGGCUGGUUCCUCCUCCAUGAAGCUGCCACUUAACAAAUUUCCCGGAUUUGCAAAACCUGGUAUGGAACAGUAUUUGUUGGCCAAGCAACUAGCAAAACCCAAAGAGAAAAUUCCUAUCAUUGUUGGAGAUUAUGGCCCAAUGUGGGUUUAUCCUGCCUCUACGUUUGACUGUGUGGUAGCAGAUCCCAGGAAAGGCUCCAAAAUGUAUGGUCUGAAGAGCUACAUUGAAUAUCAGCUAACACCUACUAACACUAAUCGAUCUGUAAACCACAGGUAUAAGCACUUUGACUGGUUAUAUGAGCGUCUCCUGGUUAAGUUUGGGUCAGCCAUUCCAAUCCCCUCUCUUCCGGAUAAACAAGUCACAGGUCGCUUUGAAGAAGAAUUUAUCAAGAUGCGCAUGGAGAGACUUCAGGCAUGGGUGACCAGGAUGUGUCGUCACCCAGUCAUCUCAGAAAGUGAGGUUUUCCAGCAGUUUCUAAAUUUCCGAGAUGAGAAGGAAUGGAAAACUGGGAAGAGGAAGGCUGAGAAAGACGAGCUGGUAGGAGUUAUGAUCUUUUCCACCAUGGAACCAGAGGCCCCUGACUUGGACUUACUAGAAAUAGAACAGAAGUGUGAUGCUGUCGGUAAAUUCACCAAAGCCAUGGAUGAUGGUGUGAAGGAGCUACUGACCGUGGGCCAGGAGCACUGGAAACGGUGCACAGGACCAUUACCCAAGGAGUAUCAGAAGAUAGGAAAGGCUCUGCAGAGCUUAGCAACAGUGUUUAGUUCCAGCGGUUAUCAAGGCGAAACGGAUCUCAAUGCUGCGAUAACAGAAGCAGGAAAGACUUACGAAGAAAUUGCCGGUCUUGUGGCAGAACAGCCAAAGAAGGAUCUCCAUUUCCUCAUGGAAUGCAAUCAUGAAUAUAAAGGUUUCCUUGGCUGCUUCCCUGAUAUUAUUGGCGCCCAUAAGGCAGCGAUAGAAAAAGUGAAAGAAAGUGACAAACUGGUGGCCACUAGUAAGAUCACCCCACAGGACAAACAGAACAUGGUGAAGCGAGUUGGUACCAUGUCUUACGCGUUGCAAGAUUGCAGAGAAGCUGAGGCAGGCCCUCGGCCGCUUCCCAGUGAUGUAGGACAGAACGGCACACGAAGCGAACUCCCAAGCGCUUCUUUCCGACCUGGGGCAACGCAAUGUGAUGUUUCUCCCCUGUCAUCAAAAUCAAAAAGGAAGGAAAGAAAACCAAAAAGAAAUAGAGUUGCAAAAAACUGCAUCUACUUUAUUAACCAACUGAAACGCACCGGUUACUUAGGGAUAGUCUUGUUUUGUUCAUUUCCACAUCCGUUAUUAAAACGAUGGAAAUCGUCUCUAUUUUUGGAAAGUACUUAAAGUUAUCAGAAUUUUGAACAGAAGAUUAGGGGUUUCCCCCACCGAUAUUUUACAUAAAACUGUAAUUUUUACGUCGCCCACCAUCUUCUGGUUCUUACCCAAUGUCAGGUAAUUACUAAUUGCUUUCUUAAAAAUAUGAAGUAUGCCAGAAUAAAAUAUAUAUAUGUUCGUAUAUUUUUAUAACUCUUUUCAGUCCUUUGGGAUUCCUGUCUACUUAGGAAAACCUACAUGCCUUUCACUGACAUAUUUAUGACUCGGGCGCUCAUGUCUUCGGGAGAGAGGAAGCAAAGAGGGGCUCCUGGGGCGGCCGGCCCCCUUGCGUACAGCUCGGUGGUGGCCCGUGGUCCCAUCAGAGCACUGGGCAGAAACUGAGGAUCAGAUCGACGUGCACCCACUUCCCUCAGGACCAUUUCGAGUGUCCCCUCCUUGGGGAGGGCUCGCUCUCCUGGUGCUCCCUUCCUCAGCUUGGUUAGGGCAUGGUUCUUGCCAGAAAGACUAUGUUGAGAAAGUUGGGGAUGUUUCUAAAAUCAUCUGACCCGGCUCCUCUGCUCCCAGUGGUGGAGCCGCCCUGCGGACUCCUGUGCUCGGGAACGAGUGCUCGGGCGGGGGGUGGGGUUGGGGACACACCGUCUCCCCCAGAGCUUUCACCUCGAAUCUGAGCCGACAGUGGCUCAGUCCGGCCGCAUGAGAGACGUGUGAGAGCGUGGUUUGCCACUUGAUUUGGAUGGCAGACUAGCGGGCCGAGGGUAUUCUCUGGAAAAAAUGAAAACACAGCUUAGUAGACCUCUCCAUCCGCACCACAUCGAAAAGUCUGGGGACCCAUAAGGGUGACAACCUGAAUAAUACACAGUAACCCCCGGAGCUUUUAUGUUUAAGGAGUACAGAGUGAAAGUCUCCCUGACUGCAUCCCUAAACCUCAGACAGAAUUUUUCUGAUCACUAGGACUCCAGUUAAUGGCAUAAAGCAAAACGUAAUCUUUCUGGACUGUCAGCUUUAAAUCUGAACUCUCACAGACACUAUCUUCCUCCUGCAGACGAGCAUGUCUGUCCUCCCCAGUUGCCUUGCUGCGUUAUCUCCACUGCUUUCGUUCUCCUGACCUGAUGAUUCUAGCAUAGAAAAUGAAAGUUUUGGGCCAGCACAAAUGAAAUGAAACCAAAAAAUAAGUAGAAGAGGAAAUCAAAUGAACAUGAAUAUGAGAAUUUCUUGUUCCUUAAUAUCACGGGUUUUGUUAAUGUUUUAUAAGUAAUUUUCCCUAUUGGAUUUUUCUUUUAUAAAAUCUCAUAGAACAACGUUUAUGAUACAGCCAUUUAAUAUAUGUACAAAUUGUAAAGAAUAUGUAUAAAUGUUUUACACAAAUGCAAGAGCAUGUAGAAGCCAACAUAUAAAUAAAUUGUUGAAAACUGUACAGUAAAUUCUGAAAGCACAUUUUCAAAACA